UCCGGCCCGAGGCGCACCGGCCCGCCCGCCCGUCCAGCCUCCCAGCGCCCGUCCGUCCGCCCGCGGGAAGGCGGCGAGCGGCCCCUGCGCGUCCCUCGGGAGAGGCUCCUGCGCCUUUAACCGCGGCCGGGCCGGCCCAGCCCACCCAGCGUCGCGGGUCCACCCACCCACCAGCGCCAGCCCGGCCGUUAUAAUGAGCGGCUCCCAAGCGCGGCUGCACCAGGCGGCUGCGGCGGGAGCGGGAGGCGGCGCCGGCGGAGGAGGCGGCGGAGGAGGCAGCGCCAGCGGCCCGGGCGAGCCCGCCGAGAUGCCGGCCACCGAGAAGGACCUGGCCGAGGACGCGCCCUGGAAGAAGAUCCAGCAGAACACCUUCACGCGCUGGUGCAACGAGCACCUCAAGUGCGUCAACAAGCGCAUCGGCAACCUGCAGACCGACCUGGGCGACGGCCUGCGCCUCAUCGCGCUGCUCGAGGUGCUCAGCCAGAAGAAGAUGGGCCGCAAGUACAACGCGCGCCCCACCUUCCGCCAGAUGCAGCUGGAGAACGUCUCGGUGGCGCUGGAGUUCCUCGAGCGCGAGAGCAUCAAGCUCGUCUCCAUCGACAGCAAAGCGAUUGUGGAUGGGAAUCUCAAGCUGAUCCUGGGCCUGAUAUGGACGCUGAUCCUGCACUACUCCAUCUCCAUGCCCAUGUGGGACGAGGAGGACGAUGAAGAGACCAAGAAGCAAACGCCCAAGCAGCGGCUGCUGGGCUGGAUCCAAAACAAGCUGCCCCAGUUGCCCAUCACCAACUUCAGCAAGGACUGGCAGAGCGGCCGGGCACUCGGCGCUCUGGUGGACAGCUGUGCUCCAGGGUUGUGUCCUGACUGGGAUUCAUGGGAUGCUAGCAAACCCGUCAACAAUGCCCGGGAGGCUAUGCAGCAGGCCGAUGACUGGCUGGGCAUCCCACAGGUGAUCACUCCUGAAGAGAUCGUUGACCCCAAUGUGGAUGAACACUCGGUCAUGACCUACCUCUCCCAGUUCCCCAAAGCCAAGCUAAAGCCAGGAGCCCCACUCAGGCCCAAGUUGAACCCCAAGAAGGCCAGAGCCUAUGGGCCAGGCAUUGAGCCCACCGGAAACAUGGUGAAGAAGAAGGCAGAGUUCACCGUAGAAACCAUCAGUGCUGGCCAGGGGGAGGUGCUGGUCUAUGUAGAGGACCCUGCUGGGCAUCGAGAAGAGGCCAAAGUCAUUGCCAACAAUGACAAGAAUCGGACGUUCUCGGUGUGGUAUGUGCCAAAGGUGACCGGUGUCCACAAGGUGACAGUCCUCUUUGCUGGGCAGCACAUUGCCAAGAGCCCCUUUGAGGUGAAUGUGGACAAAUCACACGGUGAUGCCAGCAAGGUCACUGCCCAAGGUCCGGGCCUGGAGCCCACAGGCAAUAUUGCAAACAAAACCACUUACUUCGAGAUCUUCACUGCAGGUGCUGGAGUAGGAGAAGUGGAGGUCAUCAUCCAAGAUCCCAGUGGCAGGAAAGGGACAGUCGAACAGCAGCUCGAAGACAAGGGCAACAGCACGUACCGCUGCACCUACAAGCCCACCCUGGAGGGCACCUACACCAUCUACAUCACCUUUGGUGGCAUGCCCAUCCCCCGCAGCCCUUACACAGUCACGGUGGGCCAGGCAUGCAACCCCAGUGCUUGCCGGGCAGUGGGCCGGGGCCUGCAACCCAAGGGUGUCCGGGUGAAGGAGACGGCGGAUUUCAAGGUCUACACAAAAGAAGCCGGCAGUGGCGAGCUCAAAGUAACAAUAAAAGGCCCAAAAGGGCUGGAGGAACGGGUGAAGCAGAAAGACUUGGGAGACGGGGUGUAUGGCUUUGAGUACUACCCCACCGUACCUGGCACCUACACAGUCACCAUCACCUGGGGUGGGCAGCAUAUCCCGCGCAGCCCGUUUGAGGUCAAAGUGGGCACGGAAUGCAUAAGCCAGAAGGUGCGAGCCUGGGGCCCUGGUUUGGAAGGAGGAGUUGUGGGCAAGUCGGCUGACUUCGUGGUAGAAGCCAUUGGAGACGAUGUUGGCACGCUGGGCUUCUCAGUGGAGGGCCCCUCGCAGGCCAAGAUUGAGUGCGAUGACAAGGGAGAUGGGUCCUGUGACGUGCGCUAUUGGCCCCAGGAGCCAGGGGAGUAUGCGGUUCAUGUGCUGUGCAACAAUGAAGACAUCAAACUCAGCCCCUUCAUGGCAGACAUCAAACCUGCUUCCAAAGACUUCUUCCCAGAGAAGGUGAAAGCCCACGGCCCAGGCCUAGAGAAGACGGGCGUGGCUGUCAAUAAGCCAGCUGAAUUCACCGUCGAUGCCAAGAGCGGCGGCAAGGCACCUCUCAAGGUGCAAGUGCAGGAUGCGGAGGGCUCCCCAGUGGAUGUGUCUGUGAAAGACAAUGGCAACGGCACCUACAGCUGCUCCUACCUGCCCAAGAAGCCGGUGAAGCACACGGCCAUGGUGUCCUGGGGCGGAGUCAACAUCCCCAACAGCCCCUACAGGGUCAACGUUGGGGCUGGCAGUCAUCCAAACAAAGUGAAAGUGUACGGCCCGGGAGUGGCCAAGACAGGCUUGAAAGCACACGAGCCCACCUAUUUCACAGUCGACUGCACGGAAGCGGGGCAGGGCGACGUGAGCAUUGGCAUAAAGUGUGCUCCAGGUGUGGUGGGCCCAGCAGAGGCAGACAUUGACUUCGACAUCAUUCGAAACGACAACGACACCUUCACAGUCAAGUACACGCCUCGUGGGGCCGGCAGCUACACUAUCAUGGUGCUUUUUGCGGACCAGACUACCCCUACCAGCCCCAUCCGGAUCAAAGUGGAUCCCUCCCACGACGCCAGCAAGGUGAAGGCAGAGGGGCCCGGCCUGAACAGGAGCGGAGUAGAAAUCGGCAAGCCGACCUACUUCACAGUCAACACCAAGCCAGCUGGCAAAGCCAAACUGGACGUCCAGUUCACUGGGCCAGGAAAGGGAGAUGCUGUGAGGGACUCUGAAAUAAUUGACCACCACGACAACACCUACACUGUCAAAUAUACCCCUGUGCAGCAGGGUAACAUUGGAGUGAACGUAACGUAUGGAGGAGACCACAUCCCCAAAAGCCCUUUCAAUGUGGCCGUUGCACCCACCCUGGACCUCAGCAAGAUCAAGAUUUCUGGGCUUGACGACAAGGUGGAAGUGGGCAAAGACCAGGAGUUCACUGUCAAAUCCAAGGGGGCUGGUGGUCAAGGCAAGGUGGCUGCCAAGAUCACAGGCCCGUCCAGCAAACCAGUGCCCUGCAAGGUGGAACCAGGCCUCAGCCCUGACAACAGCGUGGUGAAGUUCAUCCCCCGUGAAGAGGGGCCAUAUGAGGUGGACGUGACAUACGAUGGCGUGCCCGUCCCAGGCAGCCCCUUCCCCGUGGAGGCUGUACCUCCUACCAACCCAUCCAAGGUGAAGGCCUACGGACCAGGCCUGAAGGGAGGUUCGGCUGGCUCCCCGGCUCCCUUUACCAUAGAUACCAAGGGUGCUGGGAACGGAGGCCUUGGCCUGACGGUGGAAGGCCCUUGUGAGGCAAAGAUUGAGUGCCUGGACAAUGGUGAUGGCACCUGCUCUGUUUCCUACCUGCCCACUGAACCUGGUGAAUACAACAUCAACAUCCUCUUCGCUGACACGCACGUUCCGGGCUCUCCUUUCAAAGCUCAGGUGGUGCCUGGCUUUGAUCCAUCCAAAGUGAAGUGUUCCGGACCCGGGCUGGAGCAUGCCACAGUGGGGCAAGCCGGAGAGUUCAGUGUGGACUGUUCCAACGCUGGCAGCGCAGAGCUCACCAUUGAGAUCAUCUCUGAAAGUGGCACACAGGCAGAAGUCCAUGUGCGGGACAACGGGGACGGCACUUACACCAUCACUUACAUCCCUCUCUGCCCCGGGAUCUACACCAUUACGAUCAAAUAUGGAGGGCAACCUGUGCCAAACUUCCCCAGCAAGCUCAACGUGGAAGCACCUGUGGACACAUCUGGUGUCAAAGUUUAUGGUCCUGGAGUGGAAGGUAAAGGUGUGUUCCGUGAGGCCACUACAGAGUUCAAUGUGGAUGCACGACCCCUGACCAAGGCUGGAGGGCCUCACGUCAAAACGAGAGUGUCCAACCCCUCAGGAAACCUGACAGAUAGCUACGUGCGUGACAAUGGAGAUGGAACCUACAACGUGGAGUACACACCUUAUGAAGAUGGUGUUCACUCCAUUGAUGUAACUUACGAUGGAAGCCCGGUGCCUGGCAGCCCCUUCCGUGUUCCAGUAACAGAAGGAUGUGACCCCACAAGGGUUCGAGUAUACGGCCCUGGCAUUCAGAAUGGCACCACCAACAAGCCCAACAAGUUCACUGUGGAGACCAGGGGUGCUGGUACUGGCGGGCUUGGCCUAGCUGUGGAAGGCCCCUCUGAAGCAAAGAUGUCAUGCACUGACAACAAGGAUGGCAGCUGCUCCGUGGAGUACAUACCCUAUGAACCUGGCACCUACAACCUCAACGUCACUUACGGUGGACACCAAGUUCCAGGGAGCCCUUUCAAAGUUCCCGUGCAUGAUGUGGUGGAUUCUUCCAAGGUGAAAUGUUCAGGCCCUGGCCUGACUCCAGGUGUCGUCAGAGCCAAUGUACCUCAGUCGUUCAGUGUGGACACCAGUAAGGCGGGUGUGGCACCCCUCCAGGUGAAAGUUCAAGGCCCAAAAGGGGUGGUUGAACCUGUAGACAUCGUAGACAACGCUGACGGCACUCAGACGGCGAGCUAUGUCCCAAGCCGGGAGGGCCCGUACAGCAUUGCUGUGCACUACGGUGAUGAGGAAGUGCCCCGCAGCCCAUUCAAGGUCAAGGUCUUGCCCACCCAUGAUGCCAGCAAGGUGAAGGCCAGUGGUCCAGGGCUGAACACGACGGGAGUGCCUGCCAGUCUGCCCGUGGAAUUCACCAUCGAUGCUAAGGAUGCUGGAGAGGGGCUUCUAGCUGUCCAGAUCACAGAUCCUGAAGGCAAACCUAAAAAAGCCACUAUCCGUGACAACCAGGAUGGCACCUACACGGUCUCGUAUGUCCCAGACAUGACUGGCCGCUAUACGAUCCUCAUCAAGUAUGGCGGGGAUGAGAUUCCUUACUCGCCAUACCGUAUCCGUGCCCUGCCCACCGGAGAUGCCAGCAAGUGUACGGUAACAGUGUCGAUUGGAGGUCAUGGGCUAGGAGCAGGUAUUGGCCCCACCAUCCAGAUUGGGGAAGAGACGGUGAUCACCGUGGAUGCCAAGGCUGCUGGGAAGGGCAAAGUGACAUGCACGGUGUGCACGCCUGAUGGCACGGAGGUGGACGUGGACGUGGUAGAAAACGAGGACGGCACCUUUGACAUCUUCUAUACGGCCCCUCAGCCAGGCAAAUACGUCAUCUGCGUGCGCUUUGGAGGAGAGCAUAUUCCAAACAGUCCUUUCCAGGUUACGGCUCUGGACGGUGAGCGCACAACCCCCCAGCAGAUGGCCCAGCCGAUGCACGCCCCACCCUACGCGUACCCACCUGGUGCUCAGCAGCCUUGGGGACCGACAGUAACAGCUACAGAUCGUCCCGUGAACGGGCUGGAUGCUGGAUUGCGGCCUUUUGACCUGGUCAUCCCUUUCACUAUCAAGAAGGGAGAGAUUACAGGGGAGGUGCGCAUGCCUUCUGGGAAAGUGGCAAAGCCAGACAUCACAGACAACAAAGACGGUACCGUGACGGUGCGGUAUGCCCCCACUGAGGCAGGCUUGCAUGAGAUGGACAUCCGUUACGACAAUAUGCAUAUCCCAGGCAGCCCUCUGCAGUUCUACGUGGACUAUGUCAACAGUGGCCAUGUGACUGCUUAUGGGCAAGGGCUCAUUCAUGGGGUGGUGAACAAGCCGGCAGUCUUCACGGUCAACACGAAAGAUGCGGGUGAAGGUGGCUUGUCUCUGGCCAUUGAAGGCCCUUCCAAGGCUGAGAUUGGCUGCACUGAUAAUCAGGAUGGCACUUGUACAGUGUCGUACCUUCCCGUUCUGCCGGGUGACUACAACAUCCUGGUGAAAUACAACGACAAACACAUCCCGGGAAGUCCUUUCACUGCCAAGAUUACUGGAGACGACACCAUGCGCAUGUCCCACCUCAAAGUGGGCUCUUCUGCAGACAUCCCCUUGAACAUCACAGAGACAGACCUGAGCCAGCUGACUGCCACUGUGGUCCCACCUUCUGGCCGCGAGGAGCCCUGCCUGCUCAAAAGGCUGCGCAAUGGCCACGUUGGGAUUUCCUUUGUGCCCAAAGAGAUCGGGGAGCACAUUGUCAACAUCAAGAAGAAUGGGCUACACAUCCCCAGCAGCCCCAUCAUGGUGAUGAUCAGCCAGUCAGAAAUCGGGGAUGCCAGCCGGGUGAGGGUUUCGGGCCCAGGGCUCAGCGAGGGUCGGACCUUCGAACCUUCUGAGUUCAUCAUCGACACGAGAGAUGCUGGGUAUGGUGGAUUGAGUCUGUCCAUUGAAGGGCCUAGCAAGGUUGACAUCAACACAGAGGACCUGGAGGAUGGGACUUGCAAAGUGACCUACUGCCCAACGGAACCCGGCAACUACAUCAUCAACAUAAAAUUUGCAGACCAACAUGUGCCCGGGAGUCCGUUCUCUGUGAAGGUGACAGGAGAGGGGCGCAUGAAGCAGAUGAUCACUAGAAGCCGCAAAGCCCCAUCGGUUUCCAACAUUGGCAGCCAGUGUGACCUCAGCUUGAAAAUCCCAGAAAUCAGCAUCAGAGACAUGACAGCUCAGGUGACCAGCCCCUCGGGCAAGUCCCACGAUGCAGAGAUCUUGGAGGCAGAGAACAGCACCUACUGCAUCCGCUUUGUGCCUACUGAGACGGGCAUCCACUCGGUCAGUGUCAAAUACAAAGGGCAGCAUGUGCCAGGAAGCCCCUUCCAGUUUACCGUGGGCCCCCUUGGCGAGGGCGGAGCGCACAAGGUUCGGGCAGGUGGCCCAGGAUUGGAGAGAGCCGAAGCUGGCGUGCCAGCUGAGUUCAGCAUCUGGACAAGGGAAGCAGGUGCUGGAGGCCUGUCCAUUGCUGUGGAAGGUCCAAGCAAGGCAGAGAUUGCUUUUGAGGACCGGAAGGAUGGGUCAUGUGGCGUUUCCUACAUUGUGCAAGAACCUGGAGACUACGAGGUGUCUGUGAAGUUCAAUGAGGAGCACAUCCCGGACAGCCCCUUUGUGGUGCCAGCCACCUCCACCUCAGAUGAUGCCCGCCGACUCACUGUUUCUAGUCUUCAGGAGUCAGGGUUAAAAGUGAACCAGCCGGCCUCAUUUGCUGUCAGCUUGAACGGGGCCAAGGGGGUGAUUGAUGCCAAGGUCCACAGCCCUUCCGGGGCAUUGGAAGAGUGCCAUGUCACAGAAAUCGAUGAAGACAAAUACGCAGUGCGCUUCAUCCCCCGCGAGAACGGCAUCUACUCCGUCGACGUCAAGUUCAACGGCAGCCACAUCCCUGGGAGCCCAUUCAAGAUCCGUGUUGGGGAAGUGGGCCAGGCUGGAGACCCAGGGAUGGUGUCUGCCUAUGGCCCUGGAUUAGAGGGUGGUGUGACAGGAAGCCCUGCGGAAUUCAUUGUCAACACCACCAACGCCGGUCCUGGGGCACUGGCAGUCACCAUUGAUGGUCCCUCGAAGGUGAAGAUGGACUGCCAAGAGUGUCCAGAGGGCUACAAGGUCAUCUACACACCCAUGGCACCAGGCAGCUACCUCAUCUCCAUCAAGUAUGGUGGCCCAUACCACAUUGCUGGCAGCCCCUUCAAGGCCAAAAUCACAGGUGCCCGCCUUGUUAGCAGUCACAGCCUCCACGAGACCUCCUCCGUCUUCAUGGACGGCGUGGCCAAGCCUGACGGAGCAGCGCCCAAGUUUGCUUCCGACGCCAGCAAAGUGGUAGCCAAGGGACUGGGCCUCAACAAGGGCUUUGUGGGACAAAAGAACUCCUUCACAGUGGAUUGCAGCAAAGCAGGGAACAACAUGCUGCUGGUGGGUGUUCACGGCCCCAAGACCCCCUGCGAAGAGAUCGUAGUGAAGCACCUGGGCAACCGGCUGUACAACGUCACCUACCUGCUGAAGGACAGAGGGGACUAUGUCCUGGUGGUGAAAUGGGGGGAGGAGCACAUCCCCGGCAGCCCCUUCCGUGUCUCUGUGCCUUAAUGCUCCUCCCCCUGCCUGCUGGUAACACUGCCCCUCCUGAGCCCUGUUCUGUAGCGCCGCUGGUCCUCCCAUGCCCGCCUGAGAUGUUCUGCCUCUUGGCAGGGCUCACGGGUUUUGUCCCAGUGAGGUGGGAGGGAGCCCAUUUCCUUUAAAGUAACCAGAAAACCAAGAGACAACUGGUGCCUUCGUUCUGAGACCCCACACAUUUUGCAUAUGCUUCAUUGGCGGGGGCGGGGGGAGGGUCCAUAAAAUAUUAUAGCCGGGACACUUCCCACAGCAGCAGCAUUUGAGGAAAAAAGCAACUGGGGGGGAGGGGGUCAGAAUUCCUGUGGAUCUGUAUACAUUCAGCACUAACUUCCCAACCAGUUUGUCUGAGACUUCCUUUCCACCUUUGAGGGGGCAGGAUAGAUGACACUUUUUCUUGCCAAAGCACUGGCUUCGUGCCCAUGGACUGAACCUGUGCCCCCUGGGUCUUCCAGGAAAGGUGCCUUAGCUGCCAACAGGGCAUCUGGAUCCUGCAUACGUGUUCCGGUGCCAUCCACUGCUUCAGAGAAACCACUGCUCCCGAUGGGACUGCAGGCAACCUGCCUUCUCGUCUCGAGUUCUCCUCCUCCUCUCAGCUUGAGAGGGAAGCUCUAUUGAUAACCAGUGGCAGGAGCUGCCGUCGCGUCUCCUUGCUUUGCCAGUUUGUAACCAAAACCUUGUUUAGUCCUUCAAAGUCUUAAGUUGUUGUGCACAACAGCAAGGCCCUUUUCUCUGAUGAGAGAAGGAAAUAAAAGUUCUGCUUCAAACGGC